CCUGCGACGAGGUCGUUUGAUUGAAUCUACUCCCUCCAUCAACCAUCAACUCCAUCUUCGCUCCAACCCUCCCCACUCCUUCUCUCUCAAUCUCUCACUCCCAUCAUGUCUGCUGUCAAGGCUGCUGCCACCCACAUCGACUGGACCAAGCUGUCCACCUCCCUCGGUCUCAAGACCGAGACCGUCGCUGCCCUCGGUGCCUUCCGCAAGCGUAACGAGGAGGCCCGUCGUGUCCUCACCGAUCUCAAGGAACAGAAGACCGCCGUUGACUUUGCUCACUACCGCAAGGUUCUCAAGAACCAGGCUGUCGUUGAUGACCUCGAGAAGGCUUUCAAGUCCUUCAAGGCCACCUCCUACGACGUCCAGACCCAGAUCAAGUCCAUCGAGGCUGUCGAGACCAAGGCUCUUGAGCGCGCCAAGACCACCGCCACCAAGGUCGAGUCCGAGCUCGCUGAUCUCCAGGCUACCUUGAAGAACAUUGAGACCUCCCGCCCCGUCGAUGAGCUCACUGCCGAUGAUGUUCUCAAGUCGCGUCCUGAGAUCGCCGAGAAGGUCGAUGCCUUGUUGGUCAAGGGCAGAUGGGACACCAAGGGCUACAACGAGAAGUUCGGAUAUGUCACUCUCUUCUAAGCCUGCCAUCGCGUCGAGUCUGCGCUACUAGUGUGUGAUAGAAAUAAAAACGAUGAAAUGAACCAAUUCACUAAG